UGAAAUCCUGGUUGAACGAAACCAUGAGAAAUAAUUUUGAUAAAAACUAGAUUUUUGUCAUUUAAUUUCAAUUUUCAAGGUUCUGUAACUUGAGCAAUGAAUGCGUGUGUGUGUGUAUGAAUGCAUCUGCUAUGUAAAUGUAAACCAAAUAAAUUUGUAAGUGUAACAGACUCUGGGAUACGCGUAAACGGGUUAACAGGUUCUAAACACAGAGCGACGUUGAAAUCAAGAAAAAACGAGUGCUCGCACACAUUCGAUAUAAUUUUGUGUUUUAAUCAACGUUCAUUGAAAUGGUGCUGAUAUUCAAAUGUUAAAAUUGUGUGACGCAGACUAGUUCGAAAUGAAAUGAAACAACGAGACCUCUGGUGCUUCCUUUCAGUUUAAAAACGGCGAUCGUCCGAAGCAGAUCUAAUUCUAGUCAAAAGUUUGGUGUUAAAACGCAACUUAAAGUAAAUAAUUUAUCUCCCCGUACAUUAAGGUCCGCACAGGUGUAAUAUGACUAUGACUAACCCGCAUACUCCAGCCAUUCUGCUUUGCCUGCUCCUGCUGCUACAAAUUUUUAGUCAAUGCGCUGCACGACUUUUUAUGCCGCCUCAAGAGAUUAUGGCGCCGCAACCUGAGAUCAGCGGAAUGCUGUAUGAGAAAUCCUUGACUGCAGAUCAUUUGUACGAUGAACCACAAACAUUAAAAUAUGCACAACAACGUGACCAACUGAUUGAGGCGGAGCAACUUCUUCUCACUGGCGGUCAUUUGCAACUGGACGAAAAUGAGCUGCAAGUGCAUAAAAUUUUCAUGCACCACAAACUCAUGGAACUCUCUUACGGCACAGAGCAUCCUGGUGAACAUGCGCCGGCGUUGCACUUUUUCAAAGCCAAGCCCUUGAUCGAAAAUAGUAACGUAUUCAAAUUUGUACGCGCCAUGCCGAAGGGCGCAAUUUUGCACGUGCACCGCACACCGGCUGUCUCCGUCGAUUGGCUGAUCGGCAAUCUCACGUACAUGCCUGGUCUCUUGAAAUGUUUUACGUUGCGCGGCAAUAUUGUGCUGAGCUUCCGUCAAAACCCCAAGGAGCACGACUGCCGCUCGCCUUACUACAAGGUGCAGGAAGAGCGUGAGCGUACACUCUCAAAAAGCCGUUAUGAUGGAUUUUUGAAAACAAAACUUAGUUUAUACUCGCGUUUGCCGGAACUUGAAUACAAUGAGCAGAAUAAGGUCUGGCGGCGAUUUGAAGACAUAUUCGACACUGUGAGCGACACAAUAGGCUAUGAGCCAGUUUUUCGCGCAUUUCACUGGCAGCUGAUGGAGGAAAUGUACGAGGAUAAUUUAAUGUAUGCCGAGUUACGCAUGAAAUUCAAACCGCUUUACGGCGAUAACGGUACGACAGUUGCAACCGCAUACGAGGCGGCCGAUCUACUUAUAGAGCUCGUGGAGGAAUUCAAACGCACACAUCCAGGUUUCUUAGGGCUGAAAAUAAUUUAUGUGGCGCACCGUGGCUCGGAUGAAAUCAAGAUAUUGAAAGCUUUUCAAACAUUCAAAGAUUUCCAUGAACGGUACCCCGACUUCGUUAUUGGUUUUGACCUCAUAGGCCAGGAGGACCAAGGCAAAGCGUUGCAAGCAUUUGUGUCCAUCUUACAGAAUUUGCCGAAAACCGCAAAAUAUUUCUUUCAUGCGGGUGAAACAAAUUGGUUUGGCACAUCGGUGGAUUUGAAUUUGGUCGACGCAAUUCUUUUGAAUACCACGCGCAUUGGCCACGGCUACUCGCUUAUGAAACAUCCAAUCCUAAGCAAAGCAAUUAAAGAGCGCGACAUUGCGCUCGAAGUGAGUCCGCUGUCGAACCAGGUGUUGAACUUGGUUUGGGAUUUGCGAAAUCAUCCCGGUGGCUACUUUAUGUCUGAGAAUAUACCGUUGGUAAUAUCAAAUGAUGAUCCAGGCUUUUGGAAUGCAAAAGGAUUGAGUUAUGACUUCUAUUAUGCGAUUAUGAGCUUUGCACCGAGCAAUGCUGGCCUAAAGACACUGAAAAGUUUGGUGUGGAACUCCAUUAAAUACUCGUCGAUGAAUGACGCAGAGAAAGAGACCGCGUAUGGGCAGUUACAAAGCGAUUGGAAUGCGUUUUUGGAGCAGGUCAUACGUGGAGAUAUUGUGUAACCUCCAUACAUAUUUAUAAAUAUAUAUGCAAUGCACACAUACAUAUUUUUGUACAUAACAAUCAUACAUGCUUUCAAUACGAUUACAAACAAAUAAAUAAUAACUUAUGCGAUAUACAACUUUUUAUAAGAAAUUUA